AUGCAGUCCUUCCGGGAGCAAAGCAGUUACCACGGAAACCAGCAGAGCUACCCGCAGGACGUACACAGCUCCUCCCGGAUAGAAGAGUUCAGCCCUCGUCAGGCCCAGAUGUUCCAGAACUUCGGCGGUGGCAGUGGCGGCGGCGGCGGCGGCAGCAGCAGUAGCGGUGGUGGACGGCGAGGAGCAGCAGCUGCUGCGGCAGCAAUGGCUGGCGAGACCUCUGGCCACCAGAGCUACCAGGGGUUCAGGAAAGAAGCUGGGGAUUUUUACUAUAUGGCAGGCAACAAAGACCCUGUGGCCACAGGAACCCCGCAGCCUCCUCAGCGAAGGCCCUCUGGGCCUGUGCAGAGCUAUGGGCCCCCCCAGGGGAGCAGCUUUGGCAAUCAGUACGGGAGCGAGGGUCACGUGGGCCAGUUUCAAGCCCAGCACUCGGCCCUUGGUGGCGUGUCUCAUUAUCAGCAGGAUUACACGGGGCCUUUCUCCCCAGGGAGCACGCAGUACCAACAGCCAGCCUCCAGCCAGCAGCAGCAGCAAGUCCAGCAAUUGAGACAGCAGCUUUACCAAUCCCAUCAGCCUCUGCCACAAGCCACCGGCCAGCCGGCGUCCAGCUCGUCCCAUCUACAGCCAAUGCAGCGGCCCUCAGCUCUGCCGUCCUCUGCUGCCGGCUACCAGUUAAGAGUGGGUCAGUUCGGCCAGCACUACCAGUCUUCUGCCUCUUCCUCCUCCUCCUCUUCAUUCCCAUCCCCGCAGCGUUUCAGCCAGUCUGGGCAGGGCUACGAUGGCACUUACAGUGUGAAUGCCGGUUCCCAGUAUGAAGGACAUAAUGUGGGUUCCAAUACACAAGCUUAUGGAACGCAAUCAAAUUACAGCUAUCAGCCUCAGUCUAUGAAAAAUUUUGAGCAGGCGAAGAUUCCACAGGGGACUCAGCAGGGGGGGCAGCCGCAGCCGCAGCCACAGCAGCAGCCGCAGCAGCAGCAACAGCAGCCACAACCACAGCCCCCACAGCCCCACCCCCCUCAGCAUGUGAUGCAGUACACCAACACUGCCACCAAGCUGCCCCUGCAAAGCCAGGUGGGGCAGUACAGCCAGCCUGAGGUUCCUGUGCGGUCCCCCAUGCAGUUCCAUCAGAACUUCAGCCCCAUUUCUAACCCUUCUCCAGCCGCCUCUGUGGUUCAGUCUCCGAGCUGUAGCUCUACACCAUCCCCUCUCAUGCAGAGCGGGGAGAGUCUCCAGUGUGGGCAGGGCAGUGUGCCCAUGGGCUCCCGAAACAGAAUUUUGCAGCUAAUGCCUCAACUCAGUCCAACCCCAUCGAUGAUGCCCAGUCCUAAUUCUCACGCUGCAGGCUUCAAAGGAUUCGGACUAGAAGGCGUGCCAGAAAAGCGACUGACAGACCCUGGGCUGAGCAGUUUGAGUGCUCUGAGUACUCAGGUGGCCAAUCUUCCCAACACUGUCCAGCACAUGUUACUGUCUGACGCCCUGACACCUCAGAAGAAGACCUCCAAGAGGCCUUCCUCGUCUUCUAAGAAAGCAGACAGCUGCACAAACUCUGAAGGCUCCUCGCAGCCUGAAGAACAGCUGAAGUCUCCCAUGGCAGAGUCGUUGGACGGCGGCUGCUCCAGCAGUUCUGAGGAUCAAGGCGACAGGGUGAGGCAGCUUAGUGGCCAGAGCACCAGCUCUGACACCACCUACAAGGGUGGUGCCUCCGAGAAGGCCAGCUCCUCACCGGCACAGGGCUCUCAGAACGAACCCCCCCGGCUCAGUGCCAGUCCUGCAGCAAGAGAAGAGGCCAGCUCACCAGGUGCUAAGGACACACCUUUGUCAUCUGAGGGCAACCCAAAAGUCAACGAGAAGACCGUUGGGGUGAUUGUCUCCCGGGAAGCCAUGGCGAGCCGGGUAGAAAAGACUGGCGGACAAGAUAAGGGCUCCCCAGAGGAUGAUCCUGUGGGCACUCAAAGGCCGCCUAGCACUGGUGGGGCAAAAGAAGGCAGCCACCCGGCACUUCCCCAGCCAGAGCCCCCAGGAGGAGGGAGCAGAGGAAACAAGAACGGGGACAGUAGCUCCAACCACAGUGGAGAGGGAAAUGGCCAGAGCGGGCAUUCUGCAGUGGGCCCUGGUUUUACAGGCAGGACUGAGCCAAGCAAAUCUCCUGGAAGCCUGCGCUAUAGUUACAAAGAUAGUUUUGGGUCAGCCAUGCCGCGAAAUGUCAGUGGCUUUCCUCAGUAUCCUACAGGGCAAGAGAAGAGUGAUUUUACUGGCCAUGGAGAACGAAAGGGGAGAAAUGAGAAGUUCCCCAGCCUCCUGCAGGAGGUGCUUCAGGGUUACCACCACCACCCUGACAGGAGGUAUUCUAGAAGUACCCAGGAGCACCAGGGGAUGGCUGGUGGCCUAGAAGGAGCCUCGAGGCCCAAUGUCUUAGUCAGUCAAACCAAUGAAUUAGCUAGCAGGGGCCUUCUGAACAAGAGCAUAGGGUCCCUAUUAGAAAACCCCCAUUGGGGUCCCUGGGAAAGGAAGUCCAGCAGCACAGCUCCGGAGAUGAAACAGAUCAACUUGGCUGACUAUCCAAUUCCCAGAAAGUUUGAAAUAGAGCCUCAGUCGUCAGUGCAUGAGCCUGGGGGUUCUCUGUCUGAAAGAAGGUCGGUCAUCUGUGACAUAUCUCCACUGAGGCAGAUUGUCAGGGACCCAGGGGCUCACUCGCUGGGACACAUGGGUGCCGACAGCAGAAUGGGGAGAAGUGAACGGCUCAAUCCAAGUUUAAGUCAGUCGGUCAUUCUUCCAGGUGGCUUGGUGUCCAUGGAAACAAAGCUGAAAUCCCAGAGCGGGCAGAUAAAAGAGGAAGACUUUGAACAAUCCAAAUCCCAGGCUAGUUUCAACAACAAGAAAUCUGGAGACCACUGCCAUGCUGGCAUCAAGCAUGAGUCUUACCGAGGCAACGCCAGCCCUGGAGCAGCAGCCCACGAUGCCAUGUCAGACUGCGGCCCUCCACAAGAGAGCAGGCCCACGCCGAUGCGGCGGGUCCCUGGCAGGAUCGGUCGGGAGGGCAUGAGGGGCCGGUCCCAUUCUCAGUAUCACGACUUUUCAGAAAAAUUGAAGAUGUCUCCUGGGAGGAGCAGAGGUCCAGGGGGAGAUCCUCAUCACAUGAACCCACAUAUGGCCUUCUCCGAGAGGGCCAAUAGGAGUUCCCUACACGCUCCCUUUUCUCCCAACUCGGAAAGCCUGGCCUCCGCUUACCACACAAACGCUCGGGCUCACGCUUACGGAGACCCUAGCGCAACCUUGAAUUCUCAGCUCCAUUAUAAGAGGCAGAUGUACCAACAGCAACAAGAAGAGUAUAAGGACUGGAGCAGCGGUUCUGCUCAGGGUGUCAUCGCUGCCGCCCAGCACAGGCAGGAGGGGCCGCGCAAGAGCCCGAGGCAGCAGCAGUUUCUGGACAGGGUGCGGAGCCCUCUGAAGAAUGACAAAGAUGGUAUGAUGUAUGGCCCGCCCAUGGGCACUUACCAUGACCCCAGCGGUCCGGAAGCUGGGCGCUGCCUCCUGUCCGGUGAUGGUCUGCCUAACAGAGGCGUGGAGUUGAAGCACGGCCCCCAGAAGCUACAACAGGAGUCUUGUUGGGACCUUUCUCGGCAGACUGCAGCAGCCAAAAGCGGUUGUCCUCCAGGAAUGGCCAAUCAGAAGAGGUACGGACCGCCCCAUGAGACUGAUGGACACGGACUGGCUGAGUCCACGCAGUCAUCCAAACCUAGCAAUGUUAUGCUGAGACUUCCAGGUCAAGAGGAUCACUCUCCCCAAAACCCCUUAAUCAUGAGGAGGCGUGUCCGGUCCUUUAUCUCUCCCAUCCCCAGUAAAAGACAGUCACAAGACAUGAGGAACAGCAACACGGAAGACAAAGGGCGCCUCCUUCCCCCAUCAAAAGAAGGUGCCGAUAAGGCGUUCAAUUCCUAUGCCCAUCUUUCCCACAGUCAGGAUCUCAAGGGUAUCCCCAAGAGAGAGUCCUCCAAGGACCUCACAAGCCCAGAUAAUAGGAACUGCCCUGCUGUGCCCCUCACAAGCCCUGCUAAGACCAAAAUUCUGCCCCCACGGAAAGGACGGGGAUUGAAGCUGGAAGCUAUCGUUCAGAAGAUCACAUCCCCAAAUAUUCGGAGGAGCGCGUCCUCAAACAGCGCGGAGGUGGGGGGAGACACGGUUACCCUUGAUGACAUACUGUCGCUGAAGAGUGGGCCUCCCGAUGGCGGGAGUGCUGCUGUCCAGGAAGCUGAGAUGGAGAAGAGGAAAGGCGAGAUGGUAUCUGACCUAGUAGUGGGUCCCACAGACCAGGAGCUGAGCAGGGAGAAGCCCCCUCUGCGGUCCUCAGAAGAGCGGCGUGGCAGCGGGGACGACAAGGUGAAGACAGAGACACAUCCAGAAACGCUUACUGUCGGCAAGGAGCUCCCUGGUGCCAUGGCAUCUGCAACCUCACAGAAGCCCGGCAGUAACCAAGGGAAACCAGAUGGCUCCCUGGGCGGGACAGCACCUUUACUCUUCUCUGACUCAAAGAAUGUAUCUCCAGCAGGCAUGUUGGCCCCUGAGGUGAACCCCAAGGCUGAAGAGAAAGAGACCGAUACAGUGACGAUUUCCCCAAAACAGGAGGGUUUCCCCCCAAAGGGAUAUUUCCCAUCAGGAAAGAAGAAGGGCAGACCCAUUGGAAGUGUGAACAAGCAGAAGAAACAGCAGCAGCCGCCGCCCGCACCCCCUCCGCCCCCUCAGACAGCACAGGGCUCUGCAGACGGGGAGCCAAAGCCGAAAAAGCAGCGGCAGCGGAGGGAGAGGCGGAAGCCUGGGGCGCAGCCCCGCAGGCGGAAGACCAAGCAAGCCGCGCCCAUCGUAGAGCCUCAGGAACCCGAGAUCAAACUGAAGUACGCCACCCAGCCGCUGGACAAAACCGACGCCAAGAACAAGUCUUUUUUCCCUUACAUCCAUGUAGUAAAUAAGUGUGAACUUGGAGCCGUUUGUACAAUCAUCAACGCGGAGGAAGAAGAGCAGACCAAACUGGUGAGGGGCCGGAAGGGUCAGAGGUCGCUGACCCCUCCGCCCAGCAGCACGGAAAGCAAGGCGCUCCCAGCUUCGUCCUUCAUGCUGCAGGGACCUGUGGUGACAGAGUCUUCUGUUGUGGGGCACCUGGUUUGCUGUCUGUGUGGCAAGUGGGCCAGUUACCGGAACAUGGGUGACCUCUUUGGGCCCUUUUAUCCCCAAGAUUAUGCCGCCACUCUCCUGAAGAAUCCGCCUCCUAAGAGAGCCACAGAAACGCAGAGCAAAGUCAAGGUACGGCACAAAAGCGCUUCCAACGGCUCUAAGACGGACACUGAGGAGGAGGAGGAACAGCAGAAGGAGCAGCGGAGCCUGGCCGCCCACCCCAGGUUUAAGCGGCGGCACCGCUCGGAGGACUGUGGCGGAGGCCCUCGGUCCCUGCCCAGGGGGCUCCCUUGCAAGAAAGCGACCACCGAAGGCGGCAGCGAAAAGACUGCUUGGGACUCAAAGCCCUGUGUGCCCGCCGCUUCGGAAGGUGGCCCCGAGCUGGAGUUACAAAUCCCUGAACUACCUCUAGACAGCAAUGAAUUUUGGGUCCACGAGGGUUGUAUUCUCUGGGCCAAUGGAAUCUACCUGGUCUGCGGCAGGCUCUACGGCCUGCAGGAAGCGCUGGAAAUAGCCAGAGAGAUGAAAUGUUCCCACUGCCAGGAGGCAGGCGCCACCUUGGGCUGCUACAACAAAGGCUGCUCCUUCCGAUACCAUUACCCAUGUGCCACUGACGCAGAUUGUUUGCUGCACGAGGACAACUUCUCGCUGAGGUGCCCCAAGCACAAGCCCCCCCUCCCGUGCCCGCUCCCCCCGUUGCAGAACAAGACCGCGAAAGGCAGCCUGAGCACAGAGCAGUCGGAGCGGGGGUGA